UGUUUUUCAACUCUAAUUGAUUCAGAUAUCAGAUUGAUUCUAUCCCAAGUUAACUUGUCGGUCCGAUCCAAGUUUACAACCAUGCAACAGUGCAUUUGACUCCACCUCAUCUCAGACUUGAUCCAGCUUAAAUGGGCUGGAUAGGUAUGGUCAGUGCUGGGCCUCAGAAAUGCUUGGUACAUUACAUGGAACGACACCUGGCAACCAGAAAAUAAAAUAGGGGACAGGAGAAGAGAAUCAUAGCUUGAAGUCCCAACGAUGGACUGGUCCUCGUGGCUUCUACGCAGUGUUUCAAGAAGUAGUGAUAAUAGCCAAAACAGCCAAAACCCAAAUCAACAGAUACCAAAACCAGGAGGUGGAGGAGGAGAAGAGGAACAACUAGGAGUCACGCAGCAAUUGAUCGAUCAUGUAAAGUCCUUCACAAUCGACACUUUCAAGAAUUUCCCACUCCAAGAAGAUGAGGCAACUCCUUCUUCUUCAACGACAACAUCGUCCACUGUUCGAAGGGAUCUCUCUGAAUGGCAGGAGCGACAUGCUACUGUUAUUCUUUCCAAAGCCAAGGAGCUUUCACAUCUGAGAUUUGUGCUAUGCCCUCGUCACUUGAAGGAGAGGCAAUUUUGGAUGAUAUAUUUUAUGCUCGUCAAGAGUCAUGUGGCUGAACACGAGCUGCAUGCCAUACGACUGGCUAAGCUUAAAAUGAUGGCAACAGAGAAUGAAGAAUCUUCAGAUACAAUUGGAUUUGAAGUUGAAAUGGCGGAAACAAGGCAAUCAGCGAAUUUAGCUCCUCCAACUUCAUGAGAUCACCAUCUACUUACUCUUUGAGGUGGAAGAACAAAUGAAGCAGUUCAUCCUUUGAAUGCAGAGACAGAGACAGGAACCAAUGUAAGAGAGAACAAGUGCUGGCAAGCCAUAUUUUGGUCAUGAUACCUGCAAAUCUUGGCUUCAAUAUUCUCAUCUUGACGAGGGAAAUUUGUUCAUGGUGAUAUCAAAGCUAUGAAAUGGUGGGAAAAAGAAGAUUAGGAUCUCAAAAUUUAUACGAUUUUUCGAAUUUGAUUUGGUUGUCUACGUGCAUUUUGUUUUUAAGGUUCCAAGUGAGUUUUUUGAGCUUGUUUUGAUAAUUUUAAGGUGUUUUGGAGAACAGAUAAUGGCGAAAUUAUGUUUAAAGGUUGAGAAGUGGUGGCUUCUUAUUUUCUGGUCUCUUUCUUUCUUUUAAUCA